AUCUCACCCAACCCUUAAGCAAGCACCACUACCCACGUACUUGUCUCUAGUUACGCCAUUACGCUAUUCUCUCCCACAAUCACAAUCAAUGGUUAUGAAACCAAAGAAUGUCAAUCUCAAGAUCAACAAGCCUUCUAAUAAUGCAACGGAGAUUCAUUUCAGAGGCGUGAGAAAGCGACCGUGGGGUCGUUACGCCGCCGAGAUUAGAGAUCCCGGCAAGAAAAGCCGCGUUUGGCUAGGCACCUUCGACACCGCGGAAGAAGCCGCUAGAGCCUACGACGCCGCCGCUCGUCAGUUCCGUGGUUCGAAAGCCAAGACUAACUUUCCUCCUCCUUCCGACAACAAAGAGAAUACCGUCAACAACAAUCAGAGUCCCAGCCAGAGCAGCACCGUUGAGUCAUCUACUCCAGAGCGUGCUCUCACGCGCUCUCGUGAAGUUCCUGUUGGUGGUGGCGUUAUGGAUCGUUUUCCGUUUCUCUCGAUCCAGCAACCAAUCAUGCCGUUUCCCGGUGCCGGUGCUGGUGCUGUUGAUGGAAUGGUAACAACGGCUGUGCACCCGGUUUUCUUUUAUGACCCAUCCGGUCGAGCUGAGUAUAUGAACCAGCGGUUUUCGACCAGGUUCGAACCAGGUCCGGUUGAGUUUAACUUUAGCGGUGGGGUUCAGAGUGAUUCGGAUUCGUCUUCUGUUGUUGAUUGUCAGCCAAAGAGAGUUCUCAAUCUUGAUCUUAACUUAGCUCCACCAAUGGAAGUUUAAUUUUUUUUAACACUUUUUUUUAAUUAAUUUUAAAAUUAUAUCUCACAGUAUUUUUAGAUGAAAUUUAGAAACCAGAAAGCAGGAAGGACAAAGUUUACUGUUUUUUAUGGAAGAUUAAUCUCCCAUUAUUUUGAGGAAGAUAAGCUGUUUAUUACAUCCUUUGAUCUAAAUAUGUUAGUAGCUUUGUAAUUUCAUUUUCGUUAUCUUACAUUAAUUAACCAGCUUAAAGAACAUUGAUCCGAAA